CGAAUCGGAGAUGGCACUGGGGCCCACAUGCAGCGGCCGCAACCUGACACGGAGGACCUCGAUGCGAACAUGAACACCUCCAGGUGCAAAUAUGCAAAACAACCACACGCCCUCUUCGCUUCCUCAUUCCUCAAUCAUCAUAUUCUUCUUUAAUCAACACUGCGAGAGCCUCCCUCCUCGUUCGGUUCGGACUUUUGCUUCGGCGACUUCACGCGGUAGGCCACCGUAAACCCUAGCCCCAGACCGCGGGUCGUAGCCAACGAGAUGCAGCUCUUCAUCUUGACGCUGACGGGGAAGACCAUCACGGUCGAGGUCGAGAGCAGCGACACCAUCGAUAAUGUCAAGGCCAAGAUCCAGGACAAGGAGGGCAUUUUGCCUGACCACCAGAGGCUGAUUUUUGCUGGCAAGCAAUUGGAGGAUGGGAAAACUUUAGCUGAUUACAACAUUCAGAAGGAGUCAACACUCCCUUUGGUCUUGAGGCUCAAGGGUGGAACUAUGAUCAAGGUGAAGACACUAACUGGGAAGGAAAUCGAGAUUGACAUCGAGCCCAAUGACACAAUUUAUAGGAUCAAGGAGCGUGUUGAGGAGAAAGAAGGCAUCCCACCUAUUCAGCAGAGGCUCAUUUAUGCUGGGAAGCAACUUGCUGAUGACAAAACUGCCAAGGAUUACAACAUUGAAGGUGGUUCAGUGCUCCAUCUUGUUCUUGCUCUGAGGGGUGGUUGCUAGAUUAAAAAGUUCUUGUAGUUUCUGCUUAUGGUAUCUGUUACAUGGAGUUGUUUCAGAAUUGAAGCCUUGUAUUGGGUGGUUGAUUGUACCAUGUGAUUAGCAGACUACUAGAGUCAGGUGUCAUCUGUACUGUUUAAGAAAUGCUUGAACUAGUUCAUUCAGUUGUCAACUCAUUCUUAUUGCCCCGGUCUGCCCUUUCACCUAAAUGGCUACAUCAAUCGUGUUGUGGUCUAUUUUCUGGUUCCCUUGAAUUCUCAUCACUUGCAGACUAAGAUUGUUGGCUAAAUAAAUUGUGUGUGUAUCUAAUUUUUGGUUUUCCUCA